AUGUCUCAAAAAAUCGCCCUGGUCGUCUGCAGCACCAGAGAGCCUCGACUGAACCCGUUCAUCGCUCGCUACGUCCUGGAAAUCAUCUCACGCCAGAGCUGCGAGGAAACUCUCGAAUUACUCGAUAUCAGCGAGCAAGGCCUCCCUCUAUACAACGAGCCCGCUAUUCCAUCGUUCCUUCCGGAGGCCGAUCCCACGCCCCAUUAUAUCCACCAACACACGCAAGCUUGGUCCGCCAAGGUUCGCCAGUAUAGCGCGUUCAUCUUUAUCACGCCUCAGUAUAACUGGAGCAUUCCAGCCAGUUUGAAGAAUGCAUUGGAUUAUUUGUACUAUGAAUGGAAAGGCAAGCCUGCUGCUAUUGUGACCUACGGGGGUAGAGGAGGUGGCAAGGCGGCUGAUCAUUUGAGUGGGAUUCUUCAAGGAUUGCAUAUGAAUGCAGUCUCAGCGACUCCUGGGCUUACUGUGAAGUCGUCGACUAUGGAGUCUUUGGAAGGAGAUCAGAUUGGUGCUGAAGAUAAGGGGAGGUGGAGGGCAAGUGGCGCUGAAGAGCAGAUCUCUUCUAUGUUUUCGGAGUUGUUAGAGAAGGUUCAUGGCAAUUAG